CUAUGAUGUUUGGCAGCACGUUGGCCUGAGUGUAAAUGUCUCCACUCGUCAGUGUCAUUUCGUUGUCGGUCUGACAGAGAGAUAUUGGACAUUCACGACAAUUGCCAGUAUCACAAACAAGAUGAAUUUUGAAUUUCGAAAGAAGAAAAGUUUGUAUGGAUACCUCAGCCGAUUGUUUGUCUAUAAAAGAGCAUUGGACAUCAAUGAGAUUAAAACAUUUGCAACUUGGAAUGAGGACGGCCCUUGGAUUGGUCUGAACGACCAAGAAGACACCAGCAAAUUGAGUUGGUCUGACGGUACCCAUGUUGUYCAGCCCAUACCAUUCCUUACAGACAAGCCUGAACCAGCCAUCUCUCUACGGAAGUGUGUUCUCCUUGGUAAAAAUGGGAAGUGGUUGGAUAAAUUGUGCAACAUGAAGAAUUCAUUCAUCUGUGAGAAGCGGAUAACUUAAGUAACUAACUUGAAACUUGAACUUUGAUAAGGGAAUACUUUCGAGUUUUCAUUCUAUUGUUCAUACGAUUUUGAAUUCAAUCGAUAUUCAGAGAUUUUGCAUGACGCAUUUUAAUAUGUUAACGAGAAAAACAAAAAACAAAAAAAAAACAAACUUAGAUUACACAAUUACCCAUGAUGGUCGGAACUGCCGAUUUUUCUCCCACUCGGUAUAUAUGUCCUCACAGAAAUUCGUACAAUGAUCCCAAUGUAACGAACCUUGGCAUGAAGAUAGUUUCAAGGUAGACAAUUUGUAUUGGCACUUCUAUUUUGAUUUUGAUUGAAAAGAUGACAAUWCAUUUUAGAAUUUUGAUUUUGGUUUCAAAAAUCAUCUAGUUAUCAUCUUCAAUGUAAACGAUGCACUUCGGUGAAAAUCUCAUCCCACAAUGCAUUAAAUGGUUCAAAARUUGAAAAAAAUUGGUAAUUAAAUAAAUUUGAAUUUCCCGCCAAA